CAAAAGCAAAAGGCAUAGAACACCCGCAUAGACAAAACUCCCAACGACUAUCUCCUCUCUCUCUCUCUCUCUCUCUCUCUCUAAAACAGCCCAGAGAGAGAACAUAAACCAAGCACAAGAACAGAAAAACUCCGGCAGUCUUACCCACCCCAUUAUCUCCUUCUCUCUCUACAUAUAUAAAUAAGCUAAACAUAUUAUUGUGUAUAUAUCUAUAUAAGGUAAUCGGAGAAUGUCGUCACCGCCGCCGGCGACAACACCGGCUCCAACUCUACCACCAGGUACUAAUAACACAUCUCCACCACCCGCUGCUGCGACACCACCACCUCCAGCUGCGUCGCCGCCUCCAGCUAAUCCAACACCACCAGCCACAUCUCCGCCGCCAGCGGCCUCUCCUCCUCCUCCAGCCGCGAUUCCGCCGCCACCUUCCACCCCAGCUCCCACCACCUCUCCGCCACCACCAACAACUCCAGCUCCCUCCACCUCUCCGCCAUCUCCUCCAUCUUCCUCUCCACCUCCUCCUUCCGAUUCUACGCCGUCGAUCCCUUCACCGCCAGGGACAGCGAGAUCUCCGCCGGCGCCGCGAGCAUCGACACCGCCGUCGACUUUAUCUCCACCGUCGGGUGGGUCAUCGGGAAUAUCUACUGGGGUAGUGGUGGGUAUUGCUAUUGGUGGUGUUGUGAUUCUAGCUGUGUUGAGUUUGUUGUUCAUAUGUUGUAAGAAGAAAAGGAGAAGAGACCAUAGACAUGGGGAUUACUAUGUUCCUCCACCUUCUGGACCCAAAGAUGACCCUUAUGGUGGUCCAUUACACAAUUGGCAACAUAAUGCUCCGCCACCUGGGAAUCAUGUAGUCUCUAUGCCACCAAAACCUUCUCCUCCACCUGUUGUGGCUUCAAGGCCUCCACAUUCACCAGUACAAGUUCCUUCACCCCAACCUCCACCGCCACCACCUUACAUGAGCAGCAGUGGAGGCUCUGGGUCCAAUUAUUCAGGUGGUGAGAAUCCACUUCCACCACCUUCCCCUGGCAUGGGCAUGGGGUUCUCAAAGAGUACUUUCUCAUAUGAAGAAUUGGCAAUGGCAACAGAUGGCUUCUCAAAUGCUAACCUUCUUGGACAAGGUGGUUUUGGGUAUGUGCACAGGGGCGUCCUUCCUAAUGGGAAAGAGGUUGCCGUUAAGCAGUUGAAAGCUGGAAGUGGGCAGGGGGAGCGGGAAUUUCAGGCUGAGGUCGAAAUCAUAAGCCGAGUACAUCACAAACAUCUUGUUUCAUUAGUGGGAUACUGCAUCACUGGAUCCCAGAGAAUGCUUGUUUAUGAAUUUGUUGCAAACAACACCUUGGAGUUCCACUUACAUGGAAAGGGGAGACCUACCAUGGAUUGGCCUACACGAUUAAAAAUUGCUCUAGGAUCUGCAAAAGGACUAGCAUAUCUGCACGAGGACUGCCAUCCCAAAAUCAUUCAUCGUGAUAUAAAGGCAGCCAAUAUUCUUCUGGAUUUUAACUUUGAGUCAAAGGUUGCAGAUUUUGGACUUGCAAAGUUUUCUUCUGAUGUCUAUACUCAUGUAUCUACUAGGGUGAUGGGAACUUUCGGGUACCUGGCUCCAGAAUAUGCUGCUUCUGGGAAACUUACUGACAAGUCAGAUGUAUUCUCUUUUGGGGUCAUGCUUCUGGAGUUGAUUACUGGACACCGACCUGUUGAUUCUACUCAAACUUACAAGGAUGAUAGUUUGGUAGACUGGGCAAGGCCCCUGCUCACACGAGCGUUGGAAGAGGGAAACUUUGAUACACUUGUCGACACACGGUUGCAAAAAGAUUAUAAUCAGAACGAGAUGGCUCGCAUGGUUGCUUGUGCUGCUGCUUGUGUGCGUCAUUCUGCCCGGCGUCGGCCACGAAUGAGCCAGGUAGUCCGGGCCUUGGAAGGAGAUGUUUCCCUGUCCGAUCUUAACGAAGGAAUCAGACCUGGACACAGCACAAUGUACAGUUCUCAUGGAAGUUCAGACUAUGAUACCACCCAAUACAACGAGGACAUGAAGAAAUUCAGGAAGAUGGCAUUGGCUAGCCAAGAGUAUGGCAGCAGUGAGUACAGUGGUGGUCCAACUAGUGAAUAUGGCUUAUACCCAUCUGGCUCUAGCAGCGAAGGCCAACAAACCACUCGAGAAAUGGAGAUGGGAAGGUUGAAGAAAGAAAGUCGAGGUUUCAGUGGAAGUUCUUGACAACUCUUUGUAAAAAACCACCCCCAUUCACUAAUUCUCAUAACAUCAUUUCUAUGUUGCUGCAUUUUUAAAGAUGGGCAUGUUUUGAGUUAACAUACAGUUUUUCUACCCCUGGUUUUCUUUGAUUUUUCAAAAGUAUUUGUUUUAUUAAUUGUAUUUAUUAUGGCUGGCAUACACAACGAGAUAAUGAGAUACUGGGUCAAAAUUCUUUUAUUUGAUUUGAGUGGCUUCUUUCAAAAUUUUCUGGGUUGGAACCUUGAAUAUAUAGCUUG